AUGAUAGAUGAUUUUUUACAUCUGCUCUACUGUGAAAAAAACAAAAUAAACGAAACCACGGGGCAACUUCUUCACUUCCGGACUCCCCGGCCGCUUUAUUUUUUACUCUCCGCCCUGCGCGUGGUUCCCAUCGGGGCAGAGCAGCACCAGGUGGAUUGCCUUCAUCCCUCGCGCCAGGGGACGGCAGGGACGAUGACUUUCUUCUGCCACUGUCGCAGCCGCGUCUACGGGGACGGUUCCGCUGCGGCUUUUUGGGCUACGACAGCCACCGCUCGUCGCGGAAUACAGCGAGCUGCCGUUGGACCUAAAAAUACUUGGUCGCGACCCUCCUGCUCCCAUGCUCCCCGGGCAGCGUCUUUGUCCCGCUACCGCUUUUCGACCGUCUGUCUCCACAUCUUCAUCGACCGGAAAAAAGGGAAGCUGCCGUCAGGGCCGCGCUGCUCUUGUUGCACAACUUUCUGCUUUUUUCGAUCUCGGCCGAAAGUGCCGCCGUCGCCAGGGUCCUACAACUCCCUACAUCAAUCACUUUCUGUUGAGCAACGAUUUUGA